AUGCUAAAUGUAACCGGGGAGCUCUCAGGUGACUCUUGGGGGAUCUUCACCUUCCUGUGCGCCGCGCUUUGCAACCUGCCGGCGCUGCCGGCGCUGAACUGCUCCGAGGAGCUGGGCGCCGGCCAGUCCAUCCAGCAGACCUACGACCUGACCCGCUACCUGGAGCACCAGCUCCGCACCCUCGCCGGCACCUACCUGAACUACCUGGGGCCCCCCUUCAAUGAGCCCGACUUCAACCCUCCGCGGAUGGCGCGUGCCGAGCGGGUGCCCAGCGCCACGGUGGACCUGGACCUGUGGCGGGGCCUGACGGACAACGCCCGCCUGGCCGCCAACUACCGGGCCUACAGCCGCCUGCUCUGCUACCUGCGGGUCCUGGACGGGCAGGUGGGCACGGCCGAGCUGCGCCACCGCCUCUCCCACUUCUGCGCCAGCCUCCAGGGGCUGGUGCUCAGCAUCGGCGGCGUCAUGUCCUCGCUGGGGUACCCGCUGCCCGCCGGCCCUGUCGGGCCCCCCGGGCCCCCCGGCGCGUCUGCGGCCCCCAAUGACUUCCUGAAGAAGAUGGAUGAUUUCUGGCUGCUCAAGGAGCUGCAGACCUGGCUCUGGCGCUCGGCCAAGGACUUUAACCGCCUCAAGAAGAAGGUGCCGCCCGCCGUGGUCACCCUGCGGCUGGAGGCCAGGGGGUUCUGA